AUGAAUUCAAAUAAGAUAACAGCAUUAGAUAUCCUAGUCCCCUCUACUCCAGGGAAACUGGUCACCCACGAAAUCAUCAUUGUACAUGGUUUCAAAACCCGUUCGGACGACCAGAAACGCCUAGCAAAGUUCAAAGAUGUGCUCGAGAACUGGGUCACGGUCGCUACUAAUCCCAUUCGCAACCACGUGAACGUUCGUACCUUCGCCUUUGAUGGCGCCCACGUCCUACACAAUGGACGACAUGGUCUAUCUGAGGCCACUAUCGAGCUUUCACAGAAGUUCGCAGUGACAAGCGAAGACUCCUCUUCGCCGUUAUUCUGCCCGAGAUCAAAGGAGGGUAAUCGCGACCGCGUGCCCCGAGCCGUCGUAUUUGUCGCUCAUGGACUAGGCACCUGGGUCGUGAAAGAUUUCUUGGUUCUAUUCAGCGAAGCAUCUAACCGUAUUGAUCCUACAGGGUUGAUAUUCCUCGACGCGCCUGAGAUGUCUUCUAGCAUGACCCCUGUCGAUGUACGAUCCGAGUCUAUCGUGUCUCAGCAUCUCUACGAGCUUACAGAGAUCUACAAGCUCCAGGCGCUACCAUUAAAGAUCCACGAACUCCAAGAAAAACUGCGGAUCAUCGACAUGAACUUUAGAUUGCUAACGAACUCCCGCUAUGGGAUUUGUGAAGAGAUCAAAGACGCCUCAGGAGAUCGCGACAUGUACACUAUGAAAAUGUGGUAUGAUAGUGUUUGGAUGUGCUCCAAUCCUCCUCUUACGAUUGAUUCUUCGGUUAUCAAGACGUUCUUUCGAGGAGCCCACAACAUGAUACGCAUCAAGAAAGUGACGAAGAUGGAGGAACAGCUGAAGAAGCUCGAGCGACUCAAACUAGCCCAAACACUUGAAGAGGUAACGGCCUGCCAGGGACUCUACGAUGUCGGAUCUGAUGAUACCAAACGCUCUGCCACAACUCACUUUUCUCCUGACAAUGAGAAAGGUAAACCUUCUACUUCCGAAUCUUCCGGAAGAUGUGGUAUCCUCAAACACUCGAAUUCCAUGAAGCCUCUUCCUAAAAUCCCUGAGGAGGCGGAAGCUGAGCACCGCUCAGAGCACGCUUUUGGUUUCCGUCUAGAAACUAAGUCCGAUGAAGCCGCCUGUGACGACAAAUUCUACAACUUCGACGAUGCUAUUCGCCAGCGAGACGAGGCAAUAGAAGCAGAAGACCCAGAGGCGCUAUCGGCCGCGCAGUCCAGACUGCAGCUUGUCAAGUGGCACCAGGAGCAGAAUCUCGGCAAGAACCAUCCCAACGUCCUCAUCACGCAGCGUGAGAUAAUUACCACAAGCCUCGCGUCCGGAAUGUGGAACGGAAAGCCUAUCGAACUUUGGACGAAGGAGGAUUUCUGUGAGAUAGAAGACGAAAUGCGUCGCGCCUUCGAAGCCUUGGAAGAAUCCCUCGGUCCUCUCCACCGCGAAGUCCUCGAAGCGCUUUCCGUGUUCCUCAGCGUGCGGGUCUCGCUAUUGAAGAGCGAUAUGGUCUCCUGGGAAGCUGUUUACGCAGUGAUUGAGAUGAUGAAGGGGCGGUUGGAGAACCGGGUAUCGCUGACACCAGAGACAACGCUCGACACCUUUCGCAUCAGAUACAAGGUUGCGUUGACCCUGGCCCAGAUCUCAGAUUGCGGAGACGCGAUGCUGAGCAGUCUGCUGAAGGCUACUGAAGGCCUUCUAGUCACUAUUGGUAGGGAGUACGUUGCAGACUUGUCAGCGCUACGUCUCAAUAUCCUGGCGAGAAUCGCCGAGUUGAAGGAUAUGAGAAACGAGGAGACGGCGGUAGGAAAGGCGGAGGGAUCGAAGUAG